AUGUCAAACGGGACGCCAUCUGUGCGCGUGCUAUACUUUGCCUCGGCGCGCACAACCAUCGGCCACUCGAGCGAGACCAUCUCUCUGCCCACCACUCCGUUUCCUCUCGCAUCACUCAUCACUCUUAUCGCCAACAAGUACUCAUCACGAGGAGCGGAAGCGGUACUACGAACCUGUCGCUGGUCGGUCGAUAAUACGCUGAUCGAAAUCGACGAACUGAUCGAGUGGACGCUACACGGACGAGAAGAGGUUGCUGCUAUCCCGCCGGUCUCUGGUGGCUGA